ACAAAGUUCAAGAAGUAUCAAACCAUGAACUAAUCACUGCUUUUUAGCAUGAUCUGCUUGUCGCCCUUUGAUUGAGAACAGGGAAAAUAAAUCAGCCGCGUGUAUGUAUUUGCAUUGAAGGUUCUUGGUGUUUGUGCAAAGUCUAAAUCUUUCACAGCCUAUAAAUCAUUCUCAUCCAUAUCAUACUAAGUACUAGUACAUCAAUUGCAUAAACAUGCACCAUCUACAGAUUUUCCUUCUUCCCCUGGCCUUCAUUUUCAUUUCCUCCACAGUUCUAGCUAAUGAACCUGACAAAAUUUCACUGGUAGCACCCAUUACCAAAGACACCAACACUUCCCUUUAUAGCAUUACACUGAACUACGCUGAAACAUAUGUGAUUGACCUUGAUGCCCCUUUAUUAUGGCGUUAUUGCCAGUUCCCACUGUCUCCAAUUCCUUGUUCAUCUCCUCAAUGCUCUGCAGGCAAGUCUUACAAGUGCCCCCUACCCAAAACCAAGCCCAAAUCUGACAAAUGCAAUUGUGUUGUCACACCUAUGAACCCCAUCACUAAGAAAUGUGCUUUAGCUAACUUAGCCACUGGUUACUUAAUCAUAUCCAUGACCAAUGGAAAAAAUCCAACAGACACUAUCAAUUUCAGCAACUUCCCAGUUUCAUGUGCUCCACAAACCCUUUUGCAGUCUCUUCCACAAAAUGAUGUUGGUGUGGCUGGUCUUUCUCAUGCUCCUCUUGCCCUCCCAUCACAGUUAAGUGCUUCCAACAGAAAACUAGCAAAGAAGUUUGCUUUUUGUCUCCCUAGCAGUGAAGAAAAAAAAGGGGUGAUUUUCUUUGGCGAUGUUCCUGUCCAUUUUCUCCCUCCUGCCAAAAUCAAUCUAGUAAGCACUCUAUCUUACACUCCACUGUUGCAGCACCCCAGAUCCUCAGAACACUACAUAGGCUUAAAGGGUAUCUCUAUAAACGGAAAAACCAGCAAUUUUAGGAGAAAUGCUUUUCAGUUGGACACUUCAGGCAAUGGUGGGGUGAAGAUUAGCACAACUGUUCCUUACACUGUGUUGAGGAGUGAUGUCUACCAAGUUUUUGUGAAGAGGUUUUCAGAGGCUAUAGGGGGUGUUCCUCGAGCAAUGAAGACAGGGCCAUUUGAAGUGUGUGUUAAUGCUAGGAGAAUCGGAUUGAGCGUGAUCCCAUUUCCUAGGAUUGAUUUGGAACUUGGUAAUGGGAAGAACUGGACAAUACAUAAACCCAAUUCGAUCAUAGAUAUGGGAGACAGUGUUGGAUGCUUGGCAUUUGUAGAUGGUGGGAAAAGAGCCAAAGAAGCAGUAGUGAUUGGAUCAUACCAGAUGGAGAAUCAGUUGAUGAUGUUUGAUCUUGCUGCUUCAAGGUUGGGUUUUAGUUCCUCGUUGUUGUUCUAUAAAACAACGUGCGGUGGCUUUAAUUUUACACGAGGGGCUUGAGCUCCAUGUGUAUCCCACGACCAAAGAGUUGAACACCUAAUAAUGUGUUUCCAAUGUACUAUCUCAGCUCUAGCUUCUAUGUCUUGCUUACAAAGUUUAUGAUUUUGCCUUUCAAAAAAUAGUUGAUUUUAUUUUUUA